AUGCGCCGCGCGUCUUCCAACGACGCCCCCGACGCGGUCGACGAGACGAGCGCGUCCAGGUCGCGCGCGUCCGGCGGUUCGGGCCCGGCGACCGCGAAGAUGUCCGAGCGUUUCACGCCCCGGGCGCACGACCUCGAUCCCGCGGGAGUCUUCACCGACGUGUACCCGGGGGAGACGAUCGCGCACGCACGCGGGUCCGCGACUCGACGGAACGAGUACGCGGGCGUCAGGGUCCCCGGCGAGGGCGGCGCGGCCGCGACCCUCGCGUCCGCGCCCCCACCGCGGCGGGGCAUCUCGAGGCGCGAGUGGCGGGUCGAGACGAUCGAGGACCAGAGCAAGGACGUCGCGCGGUGGCAGCUGGAGUUCACCAAGAUGCGCCGACGCGCCGAGGCCGCGGAGGAGGACAACACGCGGCUCAAGGCGACGCACGACGAGAUGCGGCGAAAGUUCGAGCGCGAACACCACGCCAGGGCGGCGCUCGAGACGCAGCUGAGGGACAUCUUUUCAAAGCCCGUCGUGAGGGAUGCGCUCGCGUCGCACCCGCGGGGCGUGACGCGCAGGGACGACCCGCACGGCGCCGGCAACGUCCUGCGACCGGGCGAGGACGUCGACGGGAGCGAAACCGCGAUGAUGGUGUUCAAAGCCCUGGAGGAUAGGAUCAGCCGCGACAGGGACGCGUUGGACGCCGCGAACGAGCGCGAGGUUCGACUGGCGACGAUGCUUCGGCACUCGGAGACGCAGAAGCUCGCCGCGUACGCCGAGGCUGAGAAACACAGGAACGAGUUGGAGGCGCACGUCGCGAAACUACGCGUGGACAGAGCCGUGGCGAAGGGGUUGGAGUCGGAGUUGAGCGCCGGUAAGAGCGCGGAGGAGGCGUUGCGAAUCACGACGGAGAAGCUGUCGGCGUUGGAGCUCGAGGCGGAGGCGCUGAGGGAAAACGAGCGCUCGAGGGAGGCGCGUUUAAACGCCGCGGUCAAGGCGGCGGUGAAGAAAGCGCUCGACGAGUCCGUCAGCGAGGUCAAGGUGGAGGCUGCGAGGCUCGGGGAGGCGCUGGCGAAGGUCAGAACCGAGUACGGAGAGCAGGACUGGGCGCACGCGAAAGAAACGGAGCGGCGAAAGGCGGGGUUUGAACGCGCGCUCGCGACGGUGCUCGCGGACAGGGAAAACCUUCAGCGCGAGCUCAAGCACGCGCGGAGGGACGGCAGGCGCGCGGACGUGGAGCGCGCGCGGGUCGCGGACGAGGCCGCGGCGGUGGUCGAGAAGGCUGUCGCGCAGAGGGAGUGGGCGCUGGAAGUGCUCGACCGCGCGGUUGACGCCGAGGAGGAGUUCGCGCGGCACCUCCACUACGAGCUCUACCGCGCGUCUCUGCUCGCCAUGCCGGAGACGGCGCGCGUGGACGACGCCGAGAUACAAGGCGGCGCGGGGGCGGCGCAGGGGCUGCACGAGGUGUGCGCGCGGGCGAGGACUGAGUGGGAACGGGAGGUUUGCGAGCUGCGUUCGGACCUCGCGGGGUUGCGCCGCGACGUCGCCGCCGCCGGCAUCGCCAUCGACGCGUCCAGAACGUGCGGGAUCGCGCGGGGAUGGGCGGCGGCGGUGGAUACGGUGGAACGCGCGGCGGCGACGGCGGACGGCGCGGCGUGGGCGGCGAUGCAGCGCGUAGCGGAGGCGGUUCGCGCCGCCUCCGCAUCCGCCGACGCCGAGGCGAAACGAGGCGCAGCCGCGGCUGGGCUGAGGGAGUACCUGCGGGGAUACGACGAGGGCACGUUCGAUCCCUCCAAGUACGCGAUGGACGUAACGAGCGGGGCGACGCGGGAGCCGCCGCCGCAUUUGACGCCUUCAGUGAAGGAGGAACGGGACGAGACGCCCGCGGGGACGCGACGGAAUAUUCCGGAGGAGACGAUUGAUGAGCCACCGCCGGGACCCGAGGAGAGGGUCGGGUUCGAGGCGGCGAUCUGGCGCGAACGGGCGAGGCAGAAGGCGGCGGAGAGGGAGGCGGAGAGGAGGGCGCGCGAGGCGGAGACGGCGACGGCGGCCGCGUCGGAGGCAAAGUCCACGAGGCAAAGUCCGGUCACCGUCGGAGCGCCCGCGUCGCCGCUCUCGCCCAGGGUGGACAACGGCGCGGUGUCGGCGACGACGCUCGCGGCUGCGGAUUCGGCGCGAACGCCCGCCGUCGACCCGAAGCCCUCCUCCACGAGGAAAGCUUCGAGGACGCUCGCGUCGAUCGCGGGGACGCCGGGUCUCGGGACGGCAAAGACGUCCGAGCGUUUCGGAGCGUUUCAGUCGUCGCCGUUCGCGCCGUCCAAGUCAGCCGCCAAGGAGAUCGCGUCGCUCGCGCGCAACUUACGGUUUUGA